AUGGAGAUUGUGCAUGCGGAGUCUGUGCAGCUGCUUAGAGAUAUUCUCGUCGAUCAUGAUGAUGGGAUGUCCAUGGAUCAUCCGAAGAGGUCUGGGGGCAGUGUUAUGACUAGUAUCCUGUACGGCGUACGAGCAUCUCCCAUUGAUGCGGUUGUAGGGGAGGAACGAGUACCUACUUUGGCUGAUUACAAGGAUCUGCCGUAUGUAGCGGUCAUUGUCAAGGAGCAUUACUGGAUUGACGGCAAACUCCUCCCGCGAGGAACAACCCUGAUCCUCAACAUCUGGGGCCUCCAUCACGACGAAACAUAA